AUGUUGCAUGAAGCAAGGGACAGACAGAAGUUCCUCAGUGAUGCUCAAUCUCUGCGGGACAUGCAGCACAAGGUGGAGGCUGAAUAUCAGGCUUGUCUGAGAGGACAGGAAUACAGAAGAGACUCAAAUGAGAAGAAACGAGAUCAAUUUGGGGGGCAAGAGACAAAUGUGGAGAGAUCCUGGUUAUUAAACGGGUCAUCUUCCAAACAGAGUGAUAGUGAGGAGGAUCUUCUAGCCCAACCAGGAUUAUCUAUCAAGAAUUCUGCGAUGAACUUUGAUUCCAGACUUCCAGCAAUUGACCAAACAUCCGUCAAGCAGAAACAUAAAAGUACCGUGACUGCAAGGCAACCAGAGAAAGUGGUCUCCAGCAAACCCUCUCCAGCCCCGCCACCACAGAUUUUAUCACGGAAGAGGAGGCCAAACCUGGGGAGAAUGACGGUCAGCCCAGACAUGUAUAGCCCAAGAGGGGCUGGCGACAGAAGCAGACAGAAAUCACAGCUGCCAGGGAAGGCGCCGGCUCUCUGGGGAGCAGACGCAGUUCAACGAGAAGGCCCCGUGUGGGCAAGUGACACUAAGCUGAAGAGGCCAAUCCUGGAGAGAAGAAACUUGGUCCCAUCCUCCCAGCCAUUGGCGAUGAGCAAGAAUGCCUCCGAACGAGCCAGAAAAGGGGACCCACGUGCCCUUUCCCAGAAUGAGCCACAUCCAGCCCUAUCCCACGCCUUCCCAGGAAUGAACAGUCCUCGAGUACUGAGUGAGACCUUGGGGCCACCACUCUUCACCACCACCAUGGGAGGGUCGAGAAGGGUGCCAUUUAGGUUCAGAGAUGAAGAUUUUUAUUCCAUGUUGUCAUUAAGCCGUGGAGAUGAAGAUGAUGACACUGACGAGGAAAUCCACGCAGAGGAAGAACUUCUGUGGCUCGGUGUGCACUCGCCCCGUUCUCCUUCCAGUCAUAAGAGAAGUCAAUUUCCUGGAACUCAGGCCAAAAACAAAAACUGUAAAGAAAAUCCUGAAAAUUGCAGGGCUAAUUCUGUAAGGACUGAGUCCAGUCAUGGCUCACUGGGAAUCAGCAAUGUAAUGGAGCCAGCGAAAGAGCAGCCUUCUGUUGGGCAAAGGAUGUUCCAAGACCCCAGGCUGCCUGAUGGGGAGUGUACUAAAGAGAAAGACAGUGGUGACAGUGGAAAUGAGAGAAAGACCUUUCGUUCACAGGACACCAAAUUCAAACCUAAUCUAGACGACGAUCUCAAUGCUGAAAAUGUGUUUAGUGAUCCCGCUUCUCUAGAAGGCAGGCCUGGGACCCACGAUUAUGAAAGAGAAUGGCAAACCCAUUUAAAUAGUUCUAGUGCUUCUCUUGAUUAUUUUGUGUCUGGAAGACCAACAGCUCCAAGAUCAUCAAUAAAUUCAUCUUAUAACACUCCUGGAUCAUUCAUGCAUUCGGCCCCGAGAGAAGACAUUCCAGGAGACUUAUCAAUGACAUCGACUUUAGUUCACAGUUCAGACUCAGAGGGAAACUCAAGGUUUAAUGUUCGUCAACCACUGUCUCCAAUUAGAAACAGGAAUCCAUCCGCCAGAGCCGAAGACCACAGUUACUGUCCAGUAAACAGUGUACGUGAAUUUGGUGUCAGGGGAGCGGAAGCUAAUCCGUUAACAGGUCCGUCUCAGAGGGCUCCAGUGCACACAGGAGAUCGCUUACUAAAUUCUCAAAGCAGCGUGCCGCUGGCGGAGCCUCCCGGCUCCUUCCCAUCAAGAAUGAACUUACAAGGCCACUGGCUUGUGCCUGGGUCCCUGCAAGAAAAUAUGCCACUUACUUUCUUUGCAGUGUCUGAUUUCUCAAACCAAAGUGGUAAUGGGGACAGAAGGGCAGUCUUUGGUUUCAUAGAUGAAAAAGAAGCCACUAAAAAAAAGGCAGACCCAGAGAAACUCAAGAAAUUGCAAGAAAGUCUCCUGGAGGAGGACUCAGAGGAGGAGGGAGACUUGUGUCGCAUCUGUCAGAUAGCCGGGGGUUCCCCCACCAACCCCCUCCUGGAGCCUUGCGGCUGUGUGGGAAGCCUGCAGUUUGUUCACCAGGAGUGCCUGAAAAAGUGGCUGAAAGUGAAAAUAACGUCAGGGGCGAGUCUAGGCGCUGUGAAGACCUGUGAGAUGUGUAAGCAAGGCCUGCUGGUCGAGUUGGAUGAUUUUAACAUGACUGAGUUCUACCAGAAGCACCAGCAGUCCCGGCUGCAAAAUGAGCUGAUGAACUCCGGCUUGUACCUGGUGCUGCUGCUCCACCUCUAUGAGCAGAGGUUUGCGGAACUCAUGCGACUCAACUAUAGCCGGGUUGGGAGAGAGCGGCUGUCAAGAAAUUUCCCACAACCCAGACCGGAAGAAAAUGAAAGUAGGUUUUGGGGUCAGUCCUGCCAUUUUGAGGGUGUUUGCUAAUUUACUUUUUCUGUCGCUGUGUUGAACCUAAUACUGUGGAAGGAAGUAAUGACCACCACCCAGAGGCAAAAAUAACCCCACUGAGCUUGGGA